CGAAAAAUAACCUGUCUUCGCCCAUAGAGUCGCAUCUUAAGCCUAUUGACAAGCAUUCUACCCCACUCCAGUUCAUUGGAUUGCCAGCAAGUGACCAGCAGACAGCAGUGUUGCCAGGCAAUAUUUUAAAAUUUUAAAAAAGAAGAUAAAGUAAAGUUCAAUAACAUUGUCAUUCUGUGAUUGUCAUUUUAAACCUCAAAAAAUAAUUGUAAAUUUCGGGUUUUUAAGUAAAAGAAAUGUUACUUGUAGUUAAAUUUGCCAAAACUGUGCGUAACAACUGGAAAAAAUCUGUGUUUUUUUCAGGAGUUGUUACCUAUGGAGUGAUUUACACUAAAAAUUACAUUGAUACCCAAGAUUUAAUGAGACUAUACUGUCAGAAAGCUGCUAAAUUUGGAAAACAACCUCUUCCUCUUCACAUCAACCCACGACAUAUUACUGUAAUAUUAAAUCCAAGUGCCAACAAGCGAAAGGCCAACGAAGAAUUUGAAAAAUAUUGUGCCCCACUGUUACAUUUGGCAGGAAUCACAGUUGAAAUCAAGAAAACAGAAUCUGAAGGGCAUGCAAAAACAAUCAUCGAGGAAAUAGGGGGCACAGAUGCAAUAGUGAUUGCUGGUGGAGAUGGCACAUUAUCAGAGGUGGUAACAGGGUUACUCAGAAAAACUAAUGAUAAGACUAGUAACAUUCCCUUAGGUAUUUUGCCAUUAGGCAAAACAAAUUCAAUAGCAAGUGUGCAAUUUCCUGGUAAAAAGAAAAUUGAAAAAGUAAAAGCACUUGCAGAUGCUACAAUGGCUAUUAUAGAAGAAUCAAUUCGACCUGUGGAUGUCAUGAAAAUAGAAUUACUUUCAAAUGAUGAGUCAGAUGAUGUUAACAACAAACCUGUUUAUGCUGUUAGUUCAUUAAAAUGGGGAGCAUACAGAGAUGCUGCAGCAAGAAAAGACAGUUAUUGGUAUUUUGGUCCACUUAGGAAUUAUGCUACAUACAUUUUUAAUGGAUUUAAAAGUAAAUUAUCUUGGAAUUGUGAAGCCCAAAUCACUUACAGUGCUCCUUGUGAAGGUUGUUCUAACUGUUACAAACGAAAUGAUACUGUAUCAAAUGGAGGAUUUUUUUCAAAGUUUAUGAAAGGAGAUCCCAUUCAAGCAAAGUACUUAGCAAUAAAUAAUCCGGAAUGCCAAAUAUGUCAUGAGAAAAAAAUUUGCACCUCUGAUCUGGCAUUAUCAACUCAAAACAUAAUACCACAGACAAAAGAAAUGUUGCCAAAACUUGUAGUUGAAAUUGGACCUGACCAUGUAGACUAUUUAGAUUUUGUCAAAAACGGAUUCAAGUUGGAAAAAGGUGAAAAGAAAGAUAUUAAGGAAGUAAUAGAAGCCAAAAGUAUAAACAUAAACCCUGAAAAUGACAGACAAGAUACCUGGUUUUCAAUUGACAAUGAAGAUUUUGAAGUUAGACCUAUUAAAAUUACUUUGUUACCAAGAAUUAUUAAUAUUUUUUGUAAAAAAGAUAGCAUAAAUGUUUGAUAAACAAAGGCAUUUUAACAACCAAACCCUAUAUUAAAAUAAAAAAUUGUAAGACCAGUCAGUGCAACACCAUUCUUACGUUAUUUAAAAAAUUAAACUAACAAAUAUAAAAUUAUAUUUAUUCUUAACCUAUUCUUUAUCACUUGUUAGAUUUACAUUGUCUUUAAAACAAACUGGAAUUAAAUCACCCCAUUUGGUUGAUCUUGCACAGUGGUACAUGACUUUUCCAUGCUUUGAAGCUGUAAAAAUAACUUCUUCUAGUUUUCCUCUAGGGGAACACAUCCUGCAAAUUGUAUGUUUAGAUCUGACUAAAGUUGGACGAACUAAUCUAGGCCAUUUAAUUUCUGUAUUUAUGGCACCACUCUUACAUUUUUUUAAGACUACAUACGAAUACAGUUCAUUUUUUAAAUCUGAAGUUGCUCCAAUUGGAAGAGAAUAAUAAGCAACUUCAAAAUUGCAAGGGGUACCAUCCUUUGAUAAAAAUCUAGGACAGAUAUCAUCAUGAGGGCAAGGGCUGAACACAGUGCAUUUUCGAGAUUCCUGGUUUGCUUGUAACAAAAAGUCUCUUAAUUCAUUUACCACUUUAAAUCCAGCAUUAGUACCUUGUUCCACUAUGACUAAGUAUUUUUCAGUUUUAUUCCACAAAUUUACAACUGUUUCUAAUCUACUCUGCAAGGAAGGGAGUUCAAACAUUGAAUAAGCUGAGACCACUAAAUCAUAAGAUAAGGAAGUAGCUGGUAAAAACUGUCUGUAAAAUACACCCCUCAAUGAAAAGUUACUUGAACCUCUACCACCCUUUAACAACAGUUCUGCUAAAUCAUUCAUCUCUCUUGAUGCAUCUACAUUAAAAUAUUCGAGAAAGUACUGUUUCCAGUAAAGGUUAGCUGCCCAAGUGGCUGUACCUACUCCCGAUCCAUAGUCAAACAAACUUUUGGGCUUGAAUUCAGGAUCUCUAGUUUCAAUUUCACCAAAUAUUUUUGCCAGCACUGCAUAUUCAGCUGCAGAUCUUCCUACUAAAUAUACCAAUGAAUUAAACGUGUCAUAUUUCAUUGGUUUCCAGUUGUAAAUGUUUUCAUUAAUAAUUUUCUGUGUUUUAUUUUGAAUCAUUUGUUUAAAUCUGACUUCGUCUUCUUCAGUAUUAAUUAUUAUGUGUUCAUUUUUGGAUAACACUCUUCUUUGUAUCUCCCUUACUUUUUCCUUUAAUUCUUCUUUCUCCAAUGGAGCGUUUCUACUUUUUAAAUGCCUUUUAAGUUUUUGACUAGGUUCAAUUAGAGAUUUCACCGGAUAAUCUUCUAAAACGUUUAUAGCUGCCUUUAUAAAUGUUUCAGGGAUUAUUACUGUCUUUGGUCGCAUAACACCUGGAUGUUUUCUAAAUUUAUACACUUUGUUGUUAAUGUCAUCUAUUACUUUGUUAUCUGGUAUUACUGAAGGUCUUGCUUUUGUAGACAGUUCUCUAAAAAAUCGUCGUAUAUACAUUUUGGAAAAAUAAUUUGUUUACAUUUGAG